GAGUUUUUUCGAUUCACGUCCAAAAUGGUGCAGCGGCUCACCUACCGGAAGCGCCACAGCUAUGCCACCAAAUCCAACCAGCACCGCGUCGUCAAGACUCCCGGAGGGAAGCUAGUCUACCAGACUACCAAAAAGAGGGCAAGUGGCCCUAAGUGCCCUGUCACUGGCAAGAGAAUCCAAGGGAUUCCUCACUUGAGACCUGCUGAGUACAAGAGGUCUAGACUAUCCAGAAACAGGAGGACUGUGAACCGUGCCUAUGGUGGUGUUUUGUCUGGUGGUGCUGUGAGAGAAAGGAUCAUUAGAGCUUUCUUGGUUGAAGAACAAAAAAUCGUGAAGAAGGUUUUGAAGAUACAGAAGGCAAAGGAAAAGGCUGCUGGCAAGAGCUAAGUGUGAGUUAUGCGCUGAGUUAGUUUUGGAUACAAGUAGCCAAGAGGAAUCAUGGAACUAUACCGAGAGUUUUUAAGUGUGAUAUCUGUAUUUUUCGUUGGGUCCCUUUCGAAUAUCACCUCUCCUUUUCUCCUUCA